AUGUCUUCUUCUGCCGGAUCUUCCGCACUCGUGCACAUCAUCAACCCCAGCAUUGUCGACACUACCGACAUGCGCAACAACGCCAACAGCGCCUGCCUCCCGAAUAACGACAUCACCAUCAACAUGGACUCCGCCAGCUUCGACACGACUUUUAAUGUCAUCAUCGGCAUGAUUGUCAUCGCCACACUCACUGGCAGCACUCUCCUCGCUAUCUUCAGCGCAUUCUUCAUCAUCAUCGCCCUCAAGGCCACUACACCUGAGGUCACCGACACCGAUCAGCAGGCCACUCUCACUGCCGAUACCGCCAUUCCUACAACCGACAUCACCAACUCAGAACUCAUCAACACCCUUGAGACAACUUUGAACAAUCAAGACAUUGACACCUCCAGCGGCCCCAACAAUGCCACCUCGAUUAGUUCCACCAAGGACGCUGCCAUCGACAACGAGCCCUCCGAACUUGUCGUUCCAGUCGACAAGAAAGUCCGAAUCCACCACCACGCUCGUCCCACUGCCGACUUCGCUGAGGUCACCACUCCUGCCACGACCUCCGCCAAUGACACUAAGUCGACAUACAGCGACAACGAUUACUUCGGUGGCCUCGCCUUCGACAUCUUUGAUUUCCACAGCCUCCACGAAUAUCUCGAGGAAGACCAAAUGUGGCUCGCCCACAUGCCUCAUCCGAGCCCAGCCAUCACCUCAGCUCCCGAGGCUACUGCGAUUGUUCAGAUGAACAAGAUCGUCAAAGCGGCCCGUCCCGCACGCAAGACUAGUCACAAUCCGAUCUUCAACGCCAAACUUUCGACCAUCUACGAGGAGGAGGAGGAGGAAGAGAUCGAGGAAGACGAGGAGGACAUCGAGCAUCCGCGCUCUUCCUCGCACGAAGCCGACAGCAGUUUCAACAGCCUCGCCGAUGAAGAAGACUUCUCGGAAUCUGAGGAAGAUAUCAUUGCCUUCGCCAAGAAGGUCAACAGGCUCUGCGACGAACUCGAGAAGGUGGAGUGCUUCUCCGACUCUCAAGAGCAUGCCUCUACCAUCGCUCUGGCCCAAGACCCCGAAGCGACAUUCCAACAAUGGGACGAGGAGGAUCUGGAGGCCUUCUCGGACAGCGAGGAUGACGCGGUGGCAUUGGCAAAGAAAAUCGAGGUCGAUACUCGACCCAGCCCGCCCGACUCUCCGACUCCGCCAACUCCCGAGGGAACUGGGGCCCGCUUCACCGAAUCCGGCUUUCUCAUUGAGACCCCGGACCACUCUCCGGUUUCGCACACCACGGUCGGCCUUCCCUUCCGGACUCCCGAGGGCAAGCUUUUGCAGACUCCGAGCGGCAUUCAAAUCCGCAAAAAUAUCUUCAGCUCUCCCGAUCAGGAGACUCCCCAUCACAUUCGGAAAGUGUCCAACGAGACCAACACUUCUGAAGACACCAACGGCAGCAGGACAACCGCCACAGAACCUGCCUCUCCCACAACGGUUUACUCCAGCCCAGACAACAUCACCGAGUACCAGGCGAUGGCUGGGUUUACCGUCGCUCUUUCCGCCAAAAAGGCCACGGCCAUCAAUUUCGAUCCCAUCGCCCAACCCGGCGAUGACAUUGAAUAUGACCGGAAACUUCUUAGAGACGAAACCCCUUCGCCUUCUCCCCCGCGCCAUCGGAGUCCGGCAAGCGACAGAUCCACUUCUUCCAACGACAGCAACAAAGUCACUUCCCCCAGCGGCUCGGAAGACAUGAGCACUCCCUACGACUACACCCACGAUUCAGACGACUCAGAGAUAGUAGCCGUUCUGAAGCGUCCUGGUGGUGCCAGCUACGCCAAGAUGAGCUGCGGGAAUUGGUUCUUUUUGAAUGACGACGGCUCACUUGAUGAGCUCAAUUGGCGGGAAUACGAGGAGCUUAUCGCCUUCAUUGUCGGGGAUAAAACCAUGCGCAAUGAGGUUCAGACUCAAGAAGAAGAGCUCCCACUCCCAUGGGUUCCAUGGGACGAUGAGCCGGAGAUCUUGCCUGAGGUCAACGUGGAGGAGGAGCUCCCGCUCCCUUGGGUCCCCUGGGACGAGCCAGAGGCCCUGAAGCCAGAGUCCGAGCCCAAACUAGAGGAUCAACACAGCAAAAGCACAACUGAGGUCAUCACGAACGACAUCAACGAAGAUUCCAUCGCGGAGGUCGCUGAGGCCGUCAUCAAUUCGGACCAACCAGAUGAAAAGUGGUUCAAGGCGGAGGAGAUGCCCCCUAGGUGGUUCGUCAUGGAACAUAUUCGGUGCCCAGGCGAUGAAAUCUCCUACUACGCCGAAUACGUUCGGGGCAGCGAUGACAGGUGGUACUUCCGCCUGGAUGGGCCGGAAUACAGGCCCCUGGACGCACGCGAGCUCCGGUGGUUCCUCAACUGGCGGGCUAGCACUCGCCCAUUGACCUACAUUGUCGAGCUCGAGGAAGAGGAGUGCUUCUGA